GGUUGGACAUUUGCGAACUGUGAGAGGCAAGUGUACCUCUACAUAACCCGAGUGAGUGAAAGCAAGCAUUUUCGCGAAUAUAUCGGUCACCAGCUACAUCUCCUACCUAUAGUAGAGCAGAGCAGCGCCGAGACGGCCACUAAAGUGUCAAUCGUCGACGUCGUCAUUCAGGGUCCUUUGUUUCCUGGAAUAUUACGGAUUGCAAUUUAAGCACGAAUCCGAACAUUUCUGUAGUGCAGUGUAAUUCCAUAGACGCAGUAGCAGCUGGUUGUGACGUUAAACAUCUACGACCAUACGCAGCAAAGGAUUGUGGUGGAGUUUGGUUCGGGAAUUACGGAUUUUUGUAAAUGUGUUCAGAAAAUGACGAAAAUUUCAGUUCCGUAUGGUAUCACGGUGUAGCAGUCAACCCCUACGCGACAAAAGAACAAGUUUUCCGAAAUGAAAAUGAGAUCCAUAUUUUCGUUUUAGGGUGGUAGGCAAAGUGAGCGAGACCGUGCGUGAGUGUUGGAAUCAAGGGAGGAAAGUUGGAACACAAAGGAACACGAUCGAGUGUGGUGUUACAGUGUAGAGGCACAAAAGCAGAAUACGGAAUGUGGCAGCACCAGUGAAUCAGGGUGUAGAGCAACUGGUGUAGUGAGAAAAUUUGAUUUUCCACCAUGAGAGCCAAAAGCUAAACAGAACAGACGUAUGUGUCUUUUUUUUGUUGUUUUUUAGUGGUUUGCAUUGGUUGGGGGUUGUCGAAGGCGGUGUGAAAAAUCGUGACGAAUCAUUCUGUAAUCUAGCGUGGAAAUGUAAAUGAAAAACGGUACCUACUGUGCAUAGCAUAUGGCUCAUCGGGGGAUAUCCGGUCAGCGGAACUAAGAUUGCUGGCUAUGAAUUUAUACGAAAUCAGCGGAGGUGUAUUUUUUUGUGUCCAGAACAAGCAAUCAGUGCAGGGGGCAAGUGUGAUAAUUUUUGUGAUACAUCGCAGGAAAGGGAUGCAAGUAACAUGAACGAUGUAGUGCUACUGUAGUAGUAGUAAUAGUAGUAGUGGUACUAGUAGGCCUCGAUAACCUUGACGUAGAAAACUGUUUUGGGAUAAUCCUAGGGUCGGAUUUCUCAGGUCUUUGCAGCAGGCAAUAAAAGUAGCAUUUAUACCAUGUUUAUAGAACAUGCAACGAUGGCUGGGUCAAAUACACCGACUAUGCAGUACAGCUGAGCAAGUAUGUGUGAGGCUCUCACGGAGUACUACACGAUUGAAAUUACGCGCCAGCGAGUGAAUGUUUUAGUGAGUGUACAUCGUGAUUUUUUCCCUCAUUCCAUGUGACCCCACCGCGUACACCAGCUGGAUACAAUGUGACUGUAUGAGCGUCGGCGUGUACUGCGUUUGAUGUAAAUAAAAACAUACGGAUUAAUUCAAGGCGACUGAUUAAUCCAGUCCAAGAUAUAUACCAAUACGUAAAGUGCCCUGUAAUAGAGAAGUAGUUAAACAAAAAUUCUACUGACAGCAUUGCUCCUGACAAAAAAAAAUGAUCAAAUACAGUUUUUGAUUUCGUCGUUUGCUUGAGACCUAUACCGAUAUCCAGUCGUGGCCAUGCCAUUGCGAAAAUAUCGACCAUCGACAUCGACGACGUCUGCCAGUAGCAGUGGAAGUAACAGUAACAGUCUGAUCAUCCCGAACGUGACACCGACGAUAACGACCCUGGCCGGCACCACCAGUCUAACCCCCGGCGUUCCACAUCGGUACUAUCAUCACCAACAUUUUCAACAACAACAACAAGAACAUCGUGUUGUUCCUCAGCGGAUUGUUCAUCACCAUCACCACCACGCUGCCAACUGCAACUUGAACCUUAUCACGACAGCCACUGGUGGAACCUAUCAAACGAUACCACCGGCACCACCAUCGCUACCAACUGCUCAUGUUACUAUAUCCCACCAACAACAACAACAACAGCAGCAGCAACAACAACAACACCAAGUAUUGCAACGGGCAAUUGCAGCUCCUCCGAUUUUGGAUCCACUUCCGCUGUGUCUGGAUGCUAACGGGACGUAUCUUUGCACCGCCUACAAUCCACGAUGCUAUAUUAUACAAAAGCUGACACCCACGCCCGUCAGCUGCAUAGCAUACGAGUUAACUCCAGUAGCUCCCUUCACAACGAUCCCAGUGACAAGCUCCGCCAACAGUACCAGCUCGGCAUGCAUCGAAGAAAUAGCUGAGUUUCCAAAGUCUCAACCGACCACAGUGAAUGUUUUCCAGCAGCAGCCACCACAAAUAGUGCAAUACGUCGACAGUGCCAUCAGCAGUUCAAACAAUCCCAAAGUGAUAACGACUACCGGUUCUAGUGGAAGUGGUGGUGGAAACCCUACCGCAUCGAAUAGCGCGUCCAGUGGGCAUAACGAAUUGUUGAGCGUGAUAGAAGCGAUUGGUGCAGGAGCCGGUAAUAAUAGUGAAGUGGUACCAAUAGCUUCCUCGAGUGUGUCGAGUUUCGGUUAUACCGGAACCACAGGGUCAAGUGCAAGUGCUUCGGCGAGUGUCGAGUUUGUUGGAGACGUUACUAAAGUACCGACCAUGUUACACCCGAUAACGAUGGCAAUCAGUGCCCCAGAAGAAAGCAUGCAUACGUCCACCGGAGUGAAAUCUAGCGUUUCAUCAACAGGAGGUUUCGUGCUGAUGAAUGGAGACGCUGGAAAAAUGUCCACAGCUACUGCCGUAUAUCCGCUCGGUGCCGAAGCCAUCAUUAGCGGCGGAAUGUCCGGCCUGACGCUGGUUGGACCACAUCCCUCACAGGCCACACACCUCACACUUCCCCCGGCAGGGGUAGUUCCGGGAGUCAUUGCCGUUCCUGCUACCGUUGCUGUUGCCCCCGAUUAUACUGUCACGAACGGAGCUAUCAGCAGCAACAACAACAACAAUAACAACACUAACAGUAGCAGCAGCAGUAGUAGCAGCAACAUCAUGCUAUCGAAUGAACCGGCCGCGGGCGAUUACUAUGCGGUCACCCCACAAACAAUGGAUAACAGUGCUUCUCUUUCUUCGUCUACGGUUACCACAAACAAUAACAACAGCAAUCAAGGCAGUCUAACUGCGAACAACAAUAAUAACAUUAGUAGUAAUGUUAGUAGCGGCACACAAACGACGGUCGGCGGCAGCGGUGGUGGUGCUGCUGGCAAUGUCAUCAGUGGUAGCACAGGUGCUACUACGGCAGCAGCCAAUGCCACCACCAUCACCAGUGAUACUAGUAGUACCGAAUACAGUGGUAUGCCUUUAGAGCAGCUGAAGCAGCAGCUACAAACGCAGCUCGAUUACUAUUUUUCGAGAGAAAAUCUAGCCAAUGACACAUAUCUACUAUCGCAAAUGGACAAUGAUCAAUACGUGCCCAUUUGGACAGUGGCCAACUUCAAUCUUGUGAAGAAGCUCACCAAGGAUAUCAAGCUGAUUACUGAAGUGCUUCGCGAGUCUCCCAAUGUGCAAGUCGACGAAGAGGGCCUAAAGGUACGACCGAAUCACAAACGCUGCAUCGUUAUCCUGCGAGAGAUUCCGGACAAUACACCGAUUGAGGAAGUGAAGAACAUAUUCCAAGGUGAAAACUGUCCUCGUUUCAUUUCGUGCGAGUUUGCUCACAACAACUCUUGGUAUAUAACGUUUGAAUCGGAUGAAGACGCCCAGCAAGCUUUUCGAUAUUUGCGAGAGGAAAUCAAAGAAUUUCAGGGAAAACCAAUUAUGGCACGAAUAAAAGCCAAACCAAUGAACAGGCUUCCAAUCGCUGCCGGUGUACCGCUGAAGAAUGGUUUCCGGACGACUCCUCCGCCAGCUACAGCAGCCGCCGUCGCUGUACCACCAGGGGCAGCAGGACCUUCGGCAGCCGCUGCUGCUGCCGCUGCCGCAGCUGCAGCAGCGGCAGCCGUUUAUGAUCCUACACAAGCAGUAGCGGCCGCGGCCGCCUUCCCUGGUCAGCAGCGAUACAUUACAGUGCAACAUAAUCCUGGAGCGAUACCACAAGGUACCGCUGUACCAGCAUACAACACACCAGUUCAUAUGUUUCCAUUCCAACAACAAUUCUACCCGGGUAUAAUGCAACCAUGGCCUGCAGCACCUCCGCCCGCUCAAAACUACUAUGAUAUUAGUACAUUUGUAACUAGUAACGGGCUGGCACCACAGGUAACAUUUGCUACAGCGGGAGCAAAACAGCAGAAUGGCCGGUACAAUGUGCAGGCUGGUGUAGGUGCUCAUCGUGGCAACAUACGCAGCAAACGUCAACCAAAUCCGAUACCGGGUGGUGGGAACGAGCAUCGGUCAGGUGGAGCCAACAGCGGUGGUGGUGCAAACAUCGCCGGUAGCCAGACCUCUCUGGGAUCUGGUGGCAACGAUAACCAACCAAACCAUCGAAUAUCGGUCCAACAACCACACUACGUUCAGCAGGCUGCUCAACAACAGCCGCCACAAACACAAUCACAUUAUCAGCCUCAACCGGGUGGCAAAGGCUCCUCCCUGCUUGGUCACGGAGGGAAGGCAUACCACAAGGAUACAACAAUUGUGCCACAUUAUCAGCAUUACCAGCCUCAGCAACAGCAUUACAGCAAUCAUCCACAGCCUCACCACCAUCAUCAGCAGCCGCCGGCACCGCAGCAGCAAUGUGACGAGACAGGAAAUACGCAAACGACUGUUAGCAUGCGAUCGACCACCAGCAGUGCUGAACACUACCAAUCAAACGAAGACAGUAGUGGAUACAGCAGUCUACCGUACAACAGUGGUCGUAACAAAAAUCUAGAUAACCAGCAGCAGCAACAAGCGGCUGGUCCAUGGGCAUCAAAUCAAUCACGGCGACAUACUCGACGAAGAAAAGAUGACCUGGACGGCGGAGCUGGCAGCAUUUUGUACAGCAACGCAAGCAGUGUUCGUUCUAGUAAUAUGAGCUACAAUAGUAAUAGUAGUAAUCUUAGCAGUAGUAUCAACAACGGUGCAAACUCCAAUGUGAAAGUUAUGAAUCCAACUAGUCCAAAUCAAUUGAUACCGUCUUCGGGAGGGCCGCCGCAUGGGCGCGGUCCACGAGGCAGUCUUGGCGGGAACAAUGAAAAUCUUCACGGUACAGCCUCGGGAAACGUGAUUGCGUCGAUGGGUGGCGAAGCUGGCGGCGGUGGUAGUCACCAUCAUCACCACAGUGGUGGUGGUGGUGGAGGCUAUCAUCCUCAUCAUCAUACUCGGAGCGCGGUGGCUACUGGCUUUCAUCAGCAGCACCCGCACCAUCACCACCAACCACAGCAUCAGCCGCAGCAGUCGCACUUACAACAAACCUCCAGCAGCAACACCAGUGCGCAGCAGCAGAAUGCCCCCAGCACCACUCAAUCGACGCAAUUCGACCUCGAACCAGCUGCAUUUCCGCCACUUCCCGGCCAUGAUGAUAACACUAGCACCAGUAGCACCAGUGGUAGCCGCAACAAGCACCACCAUGGCCGUGAUCAUCAGAACCACCAGCAACAGCAGCACCAUUCCCACGGUGCCAGCAAUCAAUCGACGGUUGCCACCAGUAGCACCCAUGGUUCCUCCGUUGAUCACUCGUCCACAUAUGGUGGCGUGGGCGUCUCCGAGGUCCCCACGCACCCGAUCGCUCCUUGGGGCGAGAGCCGACUAGCCGAUGUCGUUAAAGGCACUGCACUCGCAACGAAUGCCUCCAUGAAGGCAAAAAACACAACGUCCCCUCCACCACAGCCAACCCAAAGCAGCAACAGUAGUGAGCUUAGUCAAAAAAACGCCACAGCUUCGGCCGCUGCCACUUCAGAAGUGAGCGCAGCUGCCGGUCGUGAACAACAGCAACAACAACAACCUUUCUCAGCAACCGUCAAAUUGUCGCAACAGCAGCUAAACUCAAAAACUGCAAUCGAUUCCUUACAUGGUACCAGCAGCGGGUGCAACGAGUCCACCAGUUUGGCCUACGGAACCGCCAACAGCAGCAACAAUAACUCUAGCAAAGUAACUAAUAAUCCUCCUCCUGUGAUAAAGUGUACAACAAUUAGUACAUCUGCAAGCACCACUGCUGAUAAAUCUACAAAGACUGACGAGUCCUUGCUGCAAAUGAACGGCUUGGAAUCAACGACGACAGUGACUGCAGCAACAGCCUUGGGAGUCGGCUCGAUUUCCACGAAUCGUAAGAUUGGUGACAGCUCUGAAAUCGUGAACUGCCCGACGACUACCAAUGCUGCCACUAUGACAUCCACUGAGUACGUGAUUGCUGCUACUUCCUCUUCCUCCUCUUCCACUGGUAGCUCCAAGCAGCAUCCGUCGUUGACGACUACUUCAACAACUAAUACAUCAUCUGUGGCUGUGACCUCCGCAUCGACUAUGACUGUAUCGGUAUCUGCUGCCAAAACCAACGCCAAUAUCAACACUUCCGGUUCCAAGCAAGGUGGAUACAAAAAUUUACGGCCACAAACUACGCCGGCUGCAUCAUCCACUGCGGCCAUUGUAUCAUCUCAUGCUGCGUCAAACUCGUCAGUAUCAUUAUCGUCGUCGUCGUCAUCCGGUAGUUCUUCUCAACCGGCAGCACCACCGCCCUUUUCCCUACAGAAUCACCCUCCGCUUGGUGGUGUUUCCGUUGCUUUACCAGAGCCGCAACAGCAAACCCAGGUACGUCUUAGCUAUGCUCAGGUAGCUCAACACCUGAAAGAGCAACAGAUGAAGGAGAAGGAACAUCAGCAGGAUGGUAGUACUAAAAUGAUUGAGAAAGAGAAUAACAAUAGCUUACAAGUCGGUAGUAGCAGCAGUAACAGUAGCUCUAGUAAUGUCAGCAACGCCAAUGUUACUACCAUUAGUAACAAAAAGAAGGAUUCGCCGACAAGCUCAAGACUGUCAACCUCAUCACAGCACAGCAACGAUGGAUUUAGGGAACAACGAGAUACUCGCUAUAGCAGUGGCAGCAACGUCAGCAACUCUGCCAGCUCUCGUGGCACCAAAGACUACCGUUCGGCGACCGGUGGGACCACCGGUACUGGCGGUGGUACACUUGGAACCACUCAAUCUGCAACCACUUCUGCCGUUGGUGGGGUCACCGGUGGAUCCUCAACUGUUGCUGCUGUCGUAUCUGCUAGUGGAGCGGGAAUUACAGUAGCUUCCUCCGCAGGUGCCGGUCACCGAGGAGACACUAACAACAAUAACAACUACGGCAGUAACAACAGCCUGAAGGCUCCCAGCGCCGGUAGUGGCAGAACAGCAAGGCCACAUCAGUUGAAGGAUUACGUCCAGCCACAGCAGGGACCGCGCAGUCCCAAAUGAUGACGCUUAAUUUGGAUUUAAAAGCCCGCGUUGUUUCAUUGUUUGCGAGGUUUGUAGUGCAACGAAAGCGAAAUGUGGUGGUUAUCAGUCGUGUUGCAAGUUUUGCUUCGUGUGUACUAACACGGCAGCACUUUGUAAGCUGGCAGAGAGAUAUUCAGAACUUUUGUUAUUUUUUUUGUGUUAAGUCAGACGAACUGUGUUUGGAAGAAGACAAGUUUCAAUCAUUUAUUAGCGGAAACAAUACUGGAUUUUCCCACGGAUAAAUGGGUUUCAGAAAGAGUGAAUUUGAUCGGUAGAGGAAAUGGGAAAUUUUCCUUGAAAGUGAUUUGUUACUAUUACUAUUAUUAAUACUACAACUAUUACUAUUACUACGGUUAGAGUUAGCGAUCUCAUGCAAGCACUGUCGGACAGCUGGAACAGUUUGGGUCCGAGAGCCAUACGAACAAGCGAUGGUAACGAUUGCGACUUGAUUCGUGGUUUACUUUAUUCAUUAUUAUGACAAUUUUUAGGUGUAGAUUACAGGAAAGAAGGAAUUUCCAUUGUUUAUUGGCGAAGGAUGCGUUCGGAUAAAAACGAGAGAAAAAUAACUGCAAAUGUAUAAUCUAUUAGUUGAAAGCUUGUUGGUCCGGUUUUGUUUGUGUAUAUACGGCGUAAGAUACCAUGUUAGUGUCGUGAUAUUUGCCCUAUUUUUAGUGUCCUUUGCCUGCUUGCAACAUUUGGACUUCUUUCAAGAUGCUGUAUGUGAGUGUUAGCCAUAAAUAGAUUUGCGAUAUUCAAGCUUUCAUCAUUACAACCACCGGCAAGUGUUUGGUAUAUUGAAUUUAGCUAAACUGAAAUACGAAAUAAUACUAUAAUAAAACAUUUGCUGGCGCAAAUCUGUUUAAGCUCUCACCAAUGAUUGCUCAAUAACGACCAUUCUAGGAGGCAACCGAUCGACUAUACUAUUACUUAUAAACUGUAAUGAUUACAUUGCUGGCAGUGGGUCUAUCUCACUUCUGUCUACUGCCGAAAGUUCAGCAUCAUCAUCAAAUCCCUGUCAUUCUUUUCAACCGAGGUUCGCCCAAGUUUGUUUUCAAAAUUAAAACCAAACAUGUUAUCGUUACUUUGAACUUAAAUAUUAGAAAAAAAUAUAACUAAAAAAACAACCUAGUCUUCUAUUGUUUAUAUCUGCAAAAAAAGGAAACAAAAAAACCUCUAUUUAGUCUUUUGUUUGUUUUUCUAUAUAUCUAUAUUUUAUUUUUAACUGAUUUAUUUAGACGUUAUCGAGAACACACGAGAAAAGAAAACGUUGCAUACAGUGAAAAUGAAGAAGAGCAAGUAAAAGUAAAAUCCUACCCCUUUUCCUUGAACGUCUUACUUUUUGUUAUUUGUUACUAGUUAUACUUAUAUUUUUAAAUGACCGUAAUUCUGAACUGCGGUGUAGGAUUCGUGCAUACGAACCAAUUAAUUUCGUUUUAUACUGACGGAUACGCGUGCGUCGCGGGCUUUAGCAAAUGUGCUUUUAUCGAUGUGCGCGUGUACGAUGCAAACAAUAUCAACUAAAACUGCGUGUAUGAGUUCGAAGGAUGUGUGAGUGUAUGCGUUGCGUGUAAGAACUGAGUGAAAUAAUCUAUUAUGGAACUUUUGUUUUUAGCUUUGAACCCACAUACUGAGUGUUGCGAGAUAAGAAAAUAAUAAUAAUAAAAUAAACGUGGUAAUUUAUUAGAAUAACAAAUUAAUUUUCGUUCACUGGAGCGAAAAACCAACUAGAAAAAGGGAUAUUUAAAUUUGGGAAAAUCGAUACAAUGCGAGUAAUUGGAAUUUUGUAUGAGCCACGAAUUACAGUUGUACGCAACGAUUACCAAGAUUCAAUGGACAAACAACGACACUACUUAGAAGUUGGGUGGUUUGGUGGUAAAUUCUACAUCAUUUAAUAUUCAAAAAACAUAAACAACAAAAGAAACAAUUUUUUCAUCUAUCAGGGAUCGUUCCAUCGACCAGCCCCGCCCUAAAGCAAUGUUUACAUCAAAUGGAUUUCAUACAUUACAGAAAUACAUUCAAUUUCUUGAAAAUGGCAAUUAAUCUACCCGUAUUUAGUUUAUGUGCUUUAGUUUUGUUUAAAUAAUUACCAUUCUCCGGUCUUACCAAUACUCCAGUUUGCAUCCAAUGUCCUAUUUCUUACCAAUCGUAUCGAUACCUUCAGCCUUCGUAACCAGCGAAUUACACCCUUUGGGAUAUAGUGUGAUAAUGCACACAUCGGAAUAUUUUUCCUAUAGACGGUCCUACAUGAAAGAUUAUUUAUACUCAAACAGUUACUCUUAUAAAAAAUGCUAAUCCAUGAAUAAUACAAACAAUGUUAUAGACGGUUUUUAUUCAAACAAAUUAAAGGUUUUUUUAAUACACUUGAACCGAAAUACUUGACCUAUUUUUUUUAUUAAUUUCGCAUUUCAAAUGAGUUGAAACCUAAUUCGCACCCUCUCAUUCUAUUACUGACUCAAAAGGCGACAGCACCCAGUGUACGCCAGCAUUCUAUGAACACCUCGAUUCUGUAUUUCGAUCGAAUUGGCAAUUUCCAUUCCGUAGUUCGAUCGAUUGAUUUUUAUGGAAAUCUCGAAUUAGAACAAAGCUCAAAACCCAUCGAGAAUAAUGUAGUAGAUAUUUGGAGUAUCGUUUGCCUAGAAUCCUCAAGGAAAAAUAAAUAUCGUUACAGAACAGUAAGAAUAUCAGAUAAUCUAGAUAGUAGCCUUGGAGGAACUCAUUCAAUGCCCAAUACUAUUUCCUGCGCAACCAUUUUUUAGUUAAUAUGCAGAAAAAAAUGAUGAUAUCCUCACUGUACAUUUUGCUAAGACCGUCGUCACAACGUAACGAUUCGACACAUUUUGAUCGAAAGUAAUCUUUCUUAUUCAUUUUGUUCGAUACAGAAUAUUCUCGUUAAGGUUCCAUGCUAUUCAAUCCAUAUCCAUAUGUCCAAGUUUAUUAACCAUAUCCAUAUAAAAAGGCGAAUUUUUGUUUGUACUUCUCCACACAAGUACAAAAAAAAUGCAUCAAAUAAAAACAAAAAAUUGUGAUUUUACAGAUUUUAUAAUAAAAAAAUUUAUUGGUCUUUAUUUCGAUCAACUCUUAUAUUAAAUAAUCUCCCUAUUCUGUAUUUCGAUCGCAUCGGAUUAUUCCGAUUGAAUGCGAGAUUUCGCUUUCUGUGUAUCGAUCGAGCUCGAUUCACAUUCGAUCGAAAUAUUCCAAUUCGACCGAAGUACAGAAUAGGGAUGAAUGUUCUGUUUAAUGGAUUCAAGCCAAACGACCUCCUGAGUGUCAAAAAGACAGACACCAUCAUAAUCGAUACCGAUUUUUAGUUUAAAGCCUGGCUUCAAACAUACUGUUUAAUAGCAGUUAGGUUAGAAACUGAUUCAGUUCCUAUUUCAAGAGUUAUAAGAAUCGGAACUAGAGAGUUCAGCGCCUUUAAACUCAAGUCGUGUGACUAACUAACUUUUUUUGCCAAAAAUCGAUUUUAUUCAUGAAUCAUUUCAACGCUUCUUUUACUUUUCGAUGCUGUUCUUGUAGAAUGAUUUGUUUUUUGUCUCAAAAAUUCUUACCGGUCAGUAGUUUUUGGAAUCAGCGAAGAGCCAGUAGUCAUUUGGGGCCAAAUCUGGACUACAUGGUGGGUGAUUACGUUAAAUUUAACCAUCGUUGUCAUCGACUAUUGAAUCGGUGUAUUGUCUUAGUGAAACAGUUUUCCUGCGACUUCUGAGGCCGUCUUUCCUUGAUUUUUUGACUUCAAACGAUCUAGCAACGCUAUUCGCUAUUGAUUGUUUUUUUUUUCACAAGAUAGUCGAUAAAGAUUAUACUAUGUGUCUCCCAAAAUACUGCAUAUAUUCCUGACUGAUUGCUGUGCCAUUAGAUGCUUUGGACGUUGUUCACCGGCUACAGUCCUCUCAGAUGAUGAUCGUUUUGAUUCCGGAGUGAAGUGAUGGAUCCAUGUUUCAUCCAUUGUCACAUAUCGACGCAAAAAAUUUGAUUUAUUACUUGUAAAUAUGGCCCAAGACCGCUCUGAAACGCGGCACAUAACUCCUUAGUUAAUCAAAUUAUUGGUAUAUUAUAUUCAUAUAUAACAAAAAUGGUUCUAUUUAUGAAUUUUUUGUAUAUAAAUACAUAACAAAAAUUGUGUAAUUGAGGCUUAAGGGCUGAGGACAGUACCGUAAAGUGGUAGGUUUUUUGCUAUUUUCCCGUUUCAAAUUAAAUUUUCUUGGAAACGGUGCAGAAUAUAGAAAAACCCACCUGACACUGUCUUCGAAAUUAAGUUGAGAAUAUUUUGUGAAAUUUUCAGAAUGAUUCAUUGAGUUUAGCGGUCGUGUUGUAUUUUUUUCUGACUGAAGAACUGCUGAAAAUUAGAACGCUCGGAAAUGCAUACCUCUGCUUGUUCAUCGAAUAUCUCGGCUUUGAAGGCUUGUAUCAUAAAUCUACCGUGACAAAGUCUAGAUAAUUUAGUUUAGAUGCGAUUAGUACAUAAAAACAUAUAUGUUAUCGCGAUAAAAAUAAAGUCUUGUAUUUUUCUGUGAAACAAAGUCAGUUUCAAUGCAUCCACCAUUUUUUUUUUCGCUUUGGUUUCCUGAUAGCAUUCUGAGAAAGGAGAGAGAAAUAAAAUUGGCUCGACAAGGCUGCCAAACACACAUACAUUCAAUCUUUGUGAAAGUUGAAUAUUUUUUCAUUGUUCAUUGGAAUCCAUGUAAUGUGAUAAAACUUCUCAUCAAAAUAAUACAAUGUAUGCUGGCAACCCGGUACAGUUUGCUCAUAUACGAGAGAGUACAAGAGAAAUACGAUGCGCAAAGGGAAUUGAGUGAGCCACGUGGUCGAUUUAAAACUCAACACGUGGCCCUCUGUCUUCAGAUCUUUAAUACUUGAAUUUAGCCUAUUAUAUUUAUUCAUUAUUUCGUUUACUAUUGAAAGUAAAGUAUUGAUAUAUACUUUACUCUAUUUAAGACAGAAGAUGCAGAUUUUCCUAAUGUAUUCUCAUAUUUAGUAUUUAUGGUAUGGUUCAAAGUAUGGUUGUCAUUGUAUUUUGUGUGAUAACACUUACUUUUGAUCGUUACGGUAACGCACGCAAGUCAUGUUUGUAACGGUUUAUUUACAGUUGCUCGACGACUAUGAGCGAUCAAUUUAUAUACGAUACACUCGAGAUAAUCCCAUUCUGAAACAAGUCGGAACUUGUUCUCCGAAAACAAGAUAGCAUUUAAAUAAUUACAUUGUAAUUUCCUUGCUGUUCCGGUGUCUACUUCUUCCGAUAUUUUUUGUAGUUUCGUUUUUUCAAAUUUAAACAGCGAAAUAAAAGUACACGAUCCCACUAACAGAAAACAAUGGCACCUGUUGCUGCAAAUGGUUAUCACGUCUUUCAGAUUCGACUCUAGAAAUGUAACCUGAAAAAAAGUUCUUUCAUUAUAUUUAGAGCUUAAAAAACGAAUUCUAACAUCAUAUUUAGAGUAUGACUUACAAUUGAAAUUGAGUAACUAGUACUCAAACUCUGAGUACCUUUUUUAUAAGCGUGUAUACUUCAUUAAAAUUCAUAUGGAUUUGACAAUGAUAGCGCCAUCUGUGCGUCAGUCACACGACAUAUUGAGUGAUAUGAUAGAUGUUGAUAUCACCUUCACUCGAUUGUUUUGACCGAAACAAUAACUAUCAGACCAUGCGCUUCGACACUCAACGGACUGACUGAUUUUGUAAACGUGUGCGUACUUCUAUCACCUAUCGUCGUGGCUCAGUUUGAUACAGGAACAAGGCUGAAUGUAAAAUUUGAACAAGGAUAAAUGCGUGGAGCACAUCCUGUUUAUUUGUUUUCACGACGAAUUGUUAGGAUAACUCAAUUUACGAACAAUUGAAUAAUAGCAAAACCAGUGGUAAAGCGAAGAAAGCAAAUGAGGAUAUGGAAAAGCUCUAGUUGUUAUAUAUAUAUAAUGAAAUUAAAUGUAAAAAAAUCUAAACGAUUAAAUCUAUACACAACAAAACGAAACGACAAAACAUAGGAAUAUAGUAGGAGUAAUAAAUUAAUAAAUUUCAGGAGAAGCGUAGAUUCCAAAAAUUGCAGCGGAAAAUCGUAAAAUAUGUUGAAACCGAGAAGUGGCUAAGAAGGAGGAGUAUUAUUAAGUGAUUACGAUCUCCCGAUUUUUUUUCUGAACGCAACUAAAUUUGAGGAGAUCAAAUAUUUGGUUUUCAAUAUUUUUUUUUUCUUUUAGAUUACAUCGAUCGACAAGACAAAGUUUUAUACAAACAAGUGUACUAGAUGUUUGAAAUAGAAGAGCGACUUGCGGGACUAAAAAAAACUCUGCUGAAAAUAUGAUUAUCUGGAACGCGUAUCUCACUUUCGAUUAUAACAAAAAAAAACAAAUAAAAUCGUAAACGUCAAACGUUUAAUAAUAUUCUCGCAUAAAUUAGAAUGUUGCACAGAAUCGUUUUUAUAAAUGUACGCCUGUUUAUAUAGAACUUUGAUGCACUGUUUAUUUUCUCUUAGUUAUUUUUGUUCGAUGGAUAGUUAAAAGUGUAUGUGGAAAACCGGAAAAUGCCUAGUCUUGUGGAAUCAGCUUUCUCAAUUACUUAUUAGCGAUCCCGAUUUCAUACAUUUUUAUCAAAUUAUUUGAAUCAAACGUACGAAUACCAUAUUCUCAAUUUAAAUAUUAUAAUUACUUAUCAUUCAACGAAGAAACUCGUUUCCUUCUCCGAUUUCCGAAAGGUAUGCAAUUGAAGAGAGCGACGGUGAAAAGUAGGAGCAAAAAUCCCAGAAUGUACUGCCAAUGCAAAACUAGAAGGAAAAAAAAUCGUAUAAGAGACAGAGAAACCAGUAAUGUUUAGGAAAUGAGCGUUGAUUAAUUCGUUUUGUUUUUUUUUCAAUCAUGUGCGUCAAGAAGCAGCAAACUGUUUAUUAUUUAAAGUAAAAAUGGGCUGGGAAACACAGGAAAGCAAUCUCUUUUACUAGCGAAGGCGAUGAGGUGAACUAACUCGGCAGAGUUUCAUGUUGGGCCAAUUUUUCAUAGAAGAAUGAAACGCCGGACCGGAAACCCCAUUUAUUGUGAGGUGUGCGCAAGGAAGUUUGCUGCUAGCAAGUGGAUGUAGGGAAACUAAAUAAAGGAAAAAUUACCAAUUGCUAACUAUUUUUAAGGAAGACAUUAAUUUGUUUGUUUUUAUUUUGCUAGGAGUUAUAAACGAAAGAAUUAUAGACGUUUGCGGAAGCAAACAUCCGAAAACGAAACGAACUGUUCGGGUGUUUUGCAUUCGGAUCCGUUGUUGGGGCGAGAUUUUGAGGAAUAACAAAUGUGGGAUAAUUAUCUUAUUGGUAAAUAACAUGUGAAAAUACACACUGUAAUCAAUAGUAGGUUAGCUAUGUAAAGUAAUAUUUAAAAAAAGAUAUCUACAUAAUGACUAAAAGAUAUAUGAAAGUGUAUAUUAAGAUAUAAUAAUUGUAAAUUCAAAGUUGAUUGAAACUAAAUACUAGUGAACCUAGUAGGGCGUGGAAGGAAAAUGGUUAAAGCGUUUGCAUAGAAACAUGCACGUAAGCAUCGAGAAAUUGAGAAAUAUGAGACACACACUUAUCUUUAAAAUUUAAUUAAAGUAAAUCAAAAAGUAUAUUAAUUAAACUAAAAGAUAAGCGUAAAUGAAAAAAAAAAACAAAGAAACCUAUUGAUUGAAUACACAAACCUUGUUGUAAAGUGAAACUAAAUAAAAAUAAAAAAUGAAAAAAUCCAAAAAAUAUAGAAAAAUAUAAGACGCAAAAAAGCAACAAAAAGAGACCACAGACAACAAAA